GAAAUUAUCUUGGAUUUCCUUUGUAACUUUAAAUGAUGAAUAGUUCAUUUUCUUUAGAGAGAAUUUUCAUGCUGAAAUCACUUCAAACAGAACUGAUCAAUCUCAGAAUAAGUAAUUUGUCGGUCGAGAAUGAUUUCAGUUUGUUUUGCUUUAUCAUUCACCGAAUGUUCACAUGCUAUUCGCUCUUUCGGAGCUUCAUCGUUGAGAGAUCCAGAGAAUUCAAUGAAAAUUUCCAUUACGCUUACUCUCGCAUGACGUAGAAUUACUGAGAAUAUCGAAGUCGUUUUGAGCGAGUAUAAAACACCGACGAAAGACGAAAGCAUUUCAAACUAUUUCAAGAGUUUGAUAGAAAGAGAACAUCGUGCCAUUACGAUCGUUAUUCUUUUAAUGAUUACACCAACGAGUUAGUCAAUCUUAAAAAGUGAGAGUUUUAAAACAAAAUUAAAGAAAUAAAACAAUUAAAGGGACCAGAACGAAUUUAAAAAAAUUUGUGAAAAUUAAACUAGAAAAAAAUCGCAAAUGUUUUGAGAAAAUUUACAAAAGAAAAUUUCAGUAGUUUCUCAAAGUCAUUCAAAAAAUCUCGAAACAAAAGUUGAAAAAAUACUGAGAACUGAACUGUGAUAAAACAGAAAGGAAGAAAUAAUUUUUCAAAAGCGUCCUUAAACAUUGAAAAUAAGUUCUACCUAAGAAAUAAAAAGAACCGACAGCUCACAAAAAAAAUGGUCGGAAUGAGAAACGAAGCAAUAAUUUCGAUGCGUUUUGUUCGCAGCAAAUUAAGGAAACGUGAAGAGUCAUCUCACGUUGUUAACAGCAAUGAAGCCACACAACCAACUCACGUUGUAUCGACGACAGUGGAGCCAGUGGGAUUCCGACAAAGCCCUUCCAGUGUUUGGCAUUUUCCACCACUCCCACCACAACCCAAUCUCUACACCUACAACGCUAAUAGUCAAGAUGCGUUAGUUCGCAGCGACAAGUUGGGACUGAGAGGCUUCCGAAAGCAGCUGAGUGGACGCUUCAAGCGAUUAGUGUCGAAAAAAGCACCAGAACCAGCACCAACUAUUCCACCCGAACUUAAACCUCAGCUUAAAACUAUUUACGUGUAUUAAGUGACGGAGACGAUGAAGAUCGAACCUCUGAAAAUACUUUAGUUUUAACUUUACAUUCAUAAGAUUCCACAAAGCAGAAAAAAGUCAUUAAUUAGAAAGAACAACUAAAAAUUUUGGAGAUCCAUCAAAUUCAGUUUUCAUUAAACGUUUUAUUUUUCCUAAAAUAUCUCUUUGUGAAGAUGAUAACGAAAAUGAUCUCCACGAAAAAUUGGAAUUCUGAUAUCACAGUGAUAAAGUGAGGUUUAAAGUUUAAGGAAAAGAUAAUUAACAUAAAAGAAAAGAUUUAGGAGUAUUUUCUUAAUUAGCUGAUUAGUUGACUUGUAGGAUGUUUAAGAUUUCAAUUUAUUAAGACUGACACAAACACACACAACAGAAAAAAAUGAAUAAGAAGAUGUAAAAAAGUUAGAGAAUGGAGGAACAAAUUAACGAACUCUGUGCAUGAAGCAGAGUGGAAAAAAACCUAAAAUUUGUGCAAGCAAUAGUUCAAUAACAAUGAGUAGUUAACGCCAUGUUGAUUAUUGUAGAAAAAAAAAAGAUUUUUGAACAGAUUUUUAAAAGCUUGAGCAUUUAAAGUGUGAAUAAAAUGAGAUGUCUGUGUCAUUGCGGGUAUAAAUUCCACGCGAACAAAGAAUAAUGAUAAAGAAGUGUGUUGAAGUUCAUUUCAAUUAUGAAGCGAUUUAAAUAUCGCUCACAUUGAGCGGAAUGAUUAUGGUUUGAUUGAUUUUAAGGUGUUGAAGAAAUAAUAUCAGGAAGUGAUUCCGAUGUGAAUAAUUUUAGAUUCAAAUUUUUAACUGAUUCAAAAUUAUAAAUUUCAAUUCAAGUUCAUUAGUUCACUAAAUAAGAAAAAAUAUUAACUAACUAUCAAAACAAAUUCAAUCAGUAUUUUUGUUUUAGUUUAGUUUUAGCAUAAAUUUUUAGAUUAAAGAAAGCGAUGAUGACGAUUGAUAAUAAAUAAAUAAAUAAAGAAGCCAUGAAAAAGAUGAAACAAUGUUGUAGUAAA